AUGAUCAUAUACUUAUUAUGGUUGUGGUGGAGUAAGCAUGCUAAUGCACAAGUUGAUCAUUUGAAGCCUGGUGAUACUUUGAAUAUGUCAUCCUCUUUAUAUUCUAAACAAGAUUCACCAGUUCUAUCACUAAGCCACUCUGGAGUACUCAAAAUUGAAUCAAAAAUUAGGAAACCACUGAUCAUUUACUCUUCACCACAACCGAUUAACAACACUGUGGCUACUAUGCAACACACAAAUCUUGUACAACUUCUUGGUUGUUGCAUUCAUGAAGAAGAAAGGAUUCUAAUUUAUGAAUAUAUGCCAAACAAAAGUUUGGAUUUCUAUCUAUUUGACUCAACAAAAAGAUUGGAAGAAGCGUCUAAUGUUUAUAGCUUUGGAGUGUUACUACUUGAAAUUGUUUGCAGAAGGAAAAACAAUAGUUUUUAUAAUGUUGAUCGUCCACUAAAUUUAAUAGGACAUGCAUGGGAGCUAUGGAAUGAUGGUGAUUAUCUAGAGUUAAUGGAUCCAAUAUUAAGCGACUCAGUUGUUGGCGAUGAAGUGAAAAGGUGCAUUCAUGUUGCAUUCUAUGUUAGAAGAGUUAUCUUUGAGGGGGAAACAACUUCAAAAGUGACAGACACUGACACCUCCUAUUCCAUGACCGCAAUCUCUACCCUGUCUAAAGUCGAAGAAAAAAUAUAA